CUUUCCCCCCUCUGUGUUCGCAUGCGCGCAUCCAGGGUCACAAGGUGCUCGCAAGUCUUGUUUUCAUCGUUAUAAUGGAGAGUCGGAGAGGUUGCAGAUUUCAUUUGCUCGGCGGUUAUCCGCUGAUUAACAACAGGCUUAAUGUAGCCGGGUCGAUAAAUAUGGCCACAGAUUAUUUCUUUGAAGGGGCCGAAAAGUUGUUGGAAAUAUGGUUUGGACGUCAAGAUGGAAAAAAUGAAAAUGGAGACUUGAGAAAAAUACCAAGAGAAAAAUAUGAAGACCUCUUAAAAGCUGCAUGUUGUGAAGUAAUCAGUUAUACCAGUAAUGACGAGAUUGAUGCUUAUGUUUUGAGUGAAAGUAGUAUGUUUGUUACAAAACGCCGGUUCAUAUUAAAAACAUGUGGCACAACAACUCCGAUAGAAUGCAUUAAACCAUUACUGCUCAACGUACAUGAAUUCACUGGAUUUGAUGAAGUAGAAGAUGUGUUUUAUUCUCGUAAAAACUUUGAACGUCCUGAACUUCAAAAAGAUACACAUCGCAACUUUAAAUUAGAAAUUGAAUCUUUAAAUAUCAUAUUUAAAGGAACUGGAGUGGCUAGGUUUAUGCGCUCAUCAAAAACAAAUGAUUCUUGGUAUUUGUAUGCUUUACAUCCAGUUGAAUGUUUUGGAAAAGAAAAACAAAAUCCUGAUCAAACAUUGGAGAUACUCAUGACCAAUUUGGAUCCGCACGUCAUGCAAAUAUUUACAAAAGAUCAGUCGGCUAAUGCAAGUCAAGCUACUCAGGAUUCUGGAAUAUCGGAAUUGUUGCCUAAUAUGAAAAUUGAUGAUUUCUUGUUUGAACCUUGUGGUUAUUCUAUGAAUGGUAUUGCAAAAGAGGGACAUUAUAUGACUAUUCAUAUUACUCCUCAACAAGAAUUUUCUUAUGUUAGUUUUGAGACUAAUGUUCCUCAAAGCUCUUACAAGGAACUCAUUUUAAAAGUGCUGAAAACAUUCCAACCAGAAAAAUGCGUGCUCACUAUGUUUACUAAUGAGAUUUCACCAAGUAAAUCAAACCAUAAGGAAUUUAAAUAUCUAACACAUUUGGGUGAAUGGCAACAAGACUCAAACAGGACGUGUUCACUGAAAAACCAUGACUUAACUGUAUCAUUUUACUCCAAAUACCCAAGCUGAGAUCAACCGAUGUGGGACACGCCUCUCAACAAAAACGAAAUGCUGCUAUUGCUACAUAACACAGCUAUCCUAGUCGUUCUAGUCUGCAUAAAAACUCUAUGUGUCACCAAACCUAUUUAUCACUUUGCAUGGCGUCGUUUUAAAAUAGUCUAAAUUGUAUUACCUUAUAAAAUUCUGGUGUAUACCAGAAUUCUGUAACAUAGUUGUUUUUAUUUGUUCAUGUUAUUUAAAACAAAAUAUAUUCAUGAACAUUAUAUGUUCCUGUUACGGACACUAAAUACGCUUGGUUUAAUUGUGAUUAUGUGGCAAGCAUUUUGUUUUGAGGCAUAUAAAAAUUGAUGCGCCAUAAAUAAAUUUCCAUUUAUAAAUA